AGGGUAAUGCUAUUCCUUUUUAUUUGGUGUAUACUUCUUUUGAUUUCUUUCCUUUGCUCAUCCCAUCCUUUGCUCGAAUCCUAUCGGCGUGUCUUUGUGGAUUUAUAGGCUAUUAACAAUAGUUUAACACAACUCUAUAUCAAGAACACGAACACUUUAUGAACUUGAAAGAUAAGUAGAUGAUUUGAUGGAAUCUUUGACUUAAGAUAAGUGCUGCUUUGCUUCAAGUGGUGAGGUUUCAAGCUCAAGUGGACAGGCUGAAGAAACAACUGGAAAGGGGCAACUCUUUGCCUACGAUCCUUUGUAUUCCUAUGCCCGUUUGUAUUCCUGCUUCAUUUAUAAUUCCUUUUGUCUAUAAAAUCUAGUAUAUUCUCUCUUACUCCAAGCGUCUAUUUGUAGAACCCUAGUCAUCCUUGUGUUUCCUCUCACCCAAUGACCUCCUUGAAGCAAGUAAAAUCUCAGCAUUCAUCCUCUUCUACUCGGUUGACUCAUGGAUCUUUGCAACAACGUGACGAUAAUCAAGAAACCUAGUGGUCUCAAAGAAGACCAAGAGAAAAGUCAAUCAAUUAUCCCUAUCACCCAAAAGAAGAUCCAUGCGAAUUAUGUCCCGUCCCAGACUUGUUCCGCCAGUGACUUCUUCAUCUCCCAUCCAAAUAUCUAAAGGCUCUUCUAGCAAUUCUAAAGAAGAAUUCUCUCAGGCAUCGCCUCCUCCAUCCCCCUUGAAGAUCAUCCAUGAUUGCUUAGUUCCCAAGACUGCGGAGGUUCCCCCUGCAACUGCAGAGACUAGCGAUCAUCUAAAUCCAUAUACCCAUCCGAGCAGCAUGCCCACUCACCAGUCUCAACUUCGAUUAGUAACAGCCAAGGCAGCAGCUCUGGAAAAAUUACAUUCUCAAGUAGUUGUUCACUUUAAGGGAGGCACUACUGUAUGACUCGGAUCAAUCCCAGGUGAACGAGAGAUAGAUCUUAAAUCCAAAUCUUGAUGCCAUUAUUCAGUGUCUUUACUUACUAUUUUUCCAUGCAUCUGCAGGGAUGGUUAUUAACGUUUAUUCCCCAUGUUUGGUUGCAGUGUAAUUUCAAAUUAAAAUGUUGUGAUGUCAAUCAUUUGAUUUUAUCAUAGUGUGUGUUGUAA